AUGAAAGUAGAGGACACCUACAAGGUGCCAGAGAGUGGCUUCCUCUUUACCAGCCGCAAGAACGCCAAGAAUGACCACGUCCACUAUCACGCCGUCUACAGCCAUAUCAAGAAGCAGGCCCCUUUGUUCCUGCAACACCUCAGGGACAACAACAAGAAUUGGCAACAGGAAUACGCCAAACUCCGACCACAUUCUGGCCGAGCAACUCUCAUCACCGAAUUGAUGGGCGAGGGCUUAAGCACAGCCAUGAGCAUGAAGUUCGCGAGACAUGCGCCUGGGAGCGUAAAAGUGCAUCUGCGAUAUGGGCAGCUGACCUUGAAGGACGUCAAAAGGGCCGUUGAUGAGAUUGACAUCCCCAACAAGCCCUCCAAUUGGUCGAAGUUGCCCACAAAGAAGCUCAAGGCAGCGCGGGCGGAUAUUGACCGCGAGCUCAAGAAGCGUGGUCAGUGA